CACGAGAUAGCAACAACUCUGACGCAAAGGACUACCAUCGUCCUGGUUAUAUCCCUGCUCCUGCUACCGCUGCACUGACAGAGGUUUCUCGGGACUUCGGCAGACAACGCGGUUAUUCAGGAAUUCGAACGCAGUUUUCGAAAAUUGUAGCACUCCUUUAUUUGGUUCUCCAGGCGGGAGCAGCAGCGGGAAAGAGAGCAAGGGACCCAAAAAGUCUUCCCCCAUUGGUGCCGAGAGCGAGCGAGCGAGCGAGAGAGAUUUCCAGCAGGAUGAGUCGACGGGGAUCCAUGGACUCCAGAUCACGAGAAGUGAAGGUCGUGCUUCUAGGAGAUACCGGAGUGGGAAAGUCCAGCCUGGUGCAUAGGUUCGUGACCAACAACUUCAAGCCAUACAGCGAGAGCACGAUCGGGGCUUCCUUCAUGUCGAAGAUGAUCAUGGUGGACGGCUCGCCGAUGAAAUUUCAGAUCUGGGACACCGCGGGGCAGGAGAAGUACCACAGCCUGGCCCCGAUGUACUACCGAGGGGCGGGCGCCGCUAUCGUGGUGUACGACAUCACAAAGAUGCACUCCUUCCGUACCUUGAAAGAGUGGAUAAACGAGCUGCAGGCACAGGGGCCGCAGGACAUCGCGAUCGCGGUCGCCGGGAACAAGCGCGACUUGGAAUCGCAGAGAACGAAGUAG